AGAGAGGGAAUCUUUCUUUCUUUUUGUUUUUGUUUAUGUUUAGUUUUUGUUUAUGCGAUUUGGACUGUAAUUACUGUUCAUACAAAUUUCCAAACCCAAUCCGCCAUUUUUGUUUUCUUUCCCCUUUCUCUUUUCCCUAGAAGAUUAAACGAAUUCAAAGCUCUCAGACCCACCAAGAACGAAGCCCCAAUUUGAUAUUACUCUAUAAUCUGAGGAGCAAAUUGUUACACUUUUCACCCUUCAUCCAAUCAUAGACUCUCUUCGAGCCCUCUCCCCUUUUUUCCCUCGAGGACGAUAAUUCGAUUUCCAGUCAAGAACGCCACCAAAUCGUCAUCCUCGGGCAGUUCUCUGCAAUAUCCUUGUGUUGAUUUUGUUUCCCCCAAUUUGUUCGCUCUUGUCGCGAUGAUUCUUUUGUCGUUUCAGAUCCUAAACCCUAAUUUUUGAUCGGGUUUUGAUUUAUCGGCCGACGGUUCUCGAGUUCAGUUUGCGGUCCGGCACAUUAAAGAUUUGUUGUAUACGAUUCUUUAGUUAAUGGGCACGAUUAAAUCUUGCAGGGAUGCCUCUAAAUCCUUCUCAAAUCUUCGAUCGCCAUCGCCCCCACCAGUGACUUCUUCCACUUCUCGAUUUGAGACCGUGAAUGGAUCGCACGAGUUCAGGAUCAAUGGGUAUUCUCUCAAUAAAGGGAUGGGGAGUGGGAAAUAUAUUGCGUCCGAUACCUUCAUGGUUGGGGGCUAUGCGUUUGCUGUAUAUUUCUAUCCCGAUGGGAAGAGCGCCGAGGAUAACGCGUCUUAUGUCUCGGUGUUCAUAGCGUUGGCUAAUGAAGGGACUGACGUUAGAGCCCUUUUUGAAUUGACGCUUUUGGAUCAAAGUGGGAAGGGGAACCACAAGGUGCAUAGCCAUUUCGAGAGAAGGCUUGAGAGUGGCCCUUAUACGCUGAAGUACCGAGGAAGCAUGUGGGGGUAUAAACGUUAUUUUAAACGAACUCUUCUAGAAACAUCUGACUUCCUAAAGGAUGACUGCCUCGAAAUCCGCUGUGUAGUUGGUGUCGUUAAGUCCCAUACAGAGGGGCCAAAGAUUUACUCCAUAACACCACCACCCUCUGAUAUAGGCCAGCAUUUUGGGAAGCUAUUGGAGAGUGAGAAGCUAACUGAUGUGAACUUUGAAGUAGAUGGGGAAAUAUUUUCCGCCCACAAGUUAGUUCUUGCAGCACGCUCACCCGUCUUUAGGGCACAACUCUUUGGCCCUCUUAAGGACCACAAUACUGAGUGCAUAAAAGUCCAAGAUAUGGAAGCCCCAGUCUUUAAGGGAUUGCUUCAUUUCAUAUACUGGGAUGCCCUACCAGACAUGCAGGAAAUGGUAGGUUUGAACUCAAAAUGGGCUUCCACGCUUAUGUCUCAGCAUCUUCUUGCCGCUGCAGACAGAUAUGCACUUGACAGACUCAAAUUGCUUUGCGAGGCUAAACUAUGUGAGGAUGUUGCUAUAAAUACAGUGGCAACGACAUUAGCAUUGGCUGAGCAGCAUCACUGUUUUCAACUAAAAGCUGUAUGUCUGAAAGUCAUCGCCUUGCCGGAGAAUUUGAGAGCUGUAAUGCAAACGGAGGGGUUUGAAUAUUUGAAAGAGAGCUGCCCGUCGGUUCUCACCGAGCUACUAGAAUACGUAGCAAAGGUGACGGAGCACGCAGUGAAUACUUGCAGCGGGUACGGUAAUGGGACGGUAUUGGAUGGAAAUUACGCGAAUGGUAGACGGGUAAGGCAGAGGCUGUAUUGAGCUGAUCAGCAAUGCGUCGAAACCACCAUUUGUGGUCGUGAAUAAGAUAGAGAGAAAGCAAAGUGCAGAGGUCGGUUUGAUUUUAAACAUGGUCAGUCUGUAAUGCAGUGAUGAUUGCUAAUUCACAUUGUAAAAAUCAAUCAAUCUGGAUGGAUGGCGUGAGCGUAUCUUUUAGUCUUCUUUGUAAUGGAUGAGGAUCAUAUUCUGUAUUUACAUAUAUUACAAAGUUCAAAGUCGCAGGAUGCUGUAGAAAUUCUUGGCUUAAGCCUAAAAUGCCCAUGGCUUGAAAUGAUUUUUCUCUUC